UCUGCGAGCGCAAAGCGCAGGCCUUAUCUCGCGUCUUUUUUUUUUCUUUCUUCGAAUCGAAAUCUCACGGCGUUCGGUUGCAGAAGAAUUCCUAUUCCGAUCGCGAGAUUCAUCUCCUCUUGGCUUUCGUGCUGUACCCAGAAUCCGCGAGCAGAACCCGAGACAGCAUAAAUUCCUCUCACCGGUUCGCCGCGUUGGAUCAUCAUCAUUCUGAGCAAACGAUGCCCGCGAACGACGGCUUCUCAGGUGUCUCAAAUUGCUACGUCUUCAAGAGUCGGUUGCAAGAGUAUGCACAAAAAGUGGGACGACCAACCCCCGUCUAUGAGACCAUAAAAGAAGGUCCUUCGCAUGAACCUUCAUUCAGAUCAACAGUGAUUGUUAACGAUGUCAGAUAUGAUUCUUUACCUGGGUUCUUCAAUCGGAAAGCAGCCGAGCAGUCAGCUGCCGGAGUUGCACUGCUGGAGUUAUCAAAGUCCGGUGAAAUUAGUGACAGCAUUUCUCAACCAGUUCAUGAGACAGGGUUAUGCAAAAACCUUCUUCAGGAAUAUGCACAGAAGAUGAAUUAUGCGAUUCCCCUGUAUGAAUGCCGAAAGGAUGAGGCACCUGGGAGAGUGCCUCACUUUUCAUGCACUGUUGAGAUUGGAGGAAUUCGUUACAUUGGUGCCUCUGCAAGAACCAAGAAAGAAGCAGAGAUUAAAGCUGCUCGAACGGCUCUUCUUGCCAUACAGUCGAGUACAUCCAAUUCAUGCGAGAAACUGAUUACUGACUCUCAGCUGACUGUUGUUCCAUGCAAGAAGAGAGGGACAGAGAUGGUUACUAAUGCAGAUGACACUGGAAAUCCUCCAAAGGCAAAGAAACCACGCUUCAAGAAGAAGUCAUUGAAAAGGAAGCUCUCUGCGGAUAAGCUGGGCAAUAAUCAAAUUCAGAAUAUGGGAAAUUCAAAUCUUGGGAUCAAUGAAUCUGUUCCGUCUGGAGUCUCAGAAGAUGCAUCUGGACUGUUGGCAAGGGACUUGGGGCUCAAUCCAAAUGGAAAUGAAAACGAAAGAUGUGUGGACAUUGCUCGUGUGAAUUCAAUUAAUUUUCAGAAUUUGCAGUGCCUACCUUCCAAUUUCAAUCAAGGCAACCUCGGCACUCAAGGUACACUCCUGGUUCCUUGCGGAGAUGCUAGUGCUUUGUUGAGGGAGACUAGUAAGAUUUCUGGAGUCAAUGAAGGGGCCUCAGCUACAAACAAUUGCUCUGGCUGUGCUAACAUGGAGAACUUGGGCGGCAUUGUUGGUUUUGACAAAUCUAAAGGAAGUGUCUGAAAUAUUGCUGAUUAUUAUUAGGAGCUGGAUAAUUAUAUAAUGGAAGCUUACCUUUUAAUUCUUUUUAGGAUAGAGUUAUCGUCUUCCUUGACAGAUUGAUUAAGUUAUUAUUAGCGGACUUGCGCUGGAGCCCCAUAAGUGCUAUUGACUUGAUUGCGAACGCUUGCUCUUGAUCAGUUAACAAUAUUCUUAAUGGAAGCAAUCUCAUUAUGUUGAA